AUGGCCGUCCCUCCCAAGUUCGCGGCCCACAAGCUCGAAUUCGCCUCUCCCACCACCGCGGCGUCUUCCUCGUCGGUGCCGCACACUACGCACACGCUCGAGCUCUACCUAGACUACUGCUGCCCCUUCUCUGCCAAGAUGUUCGGCACUCUCACCACGGCCGUCUUCCCGCUCGUGCAAGCCAAACCCUCCUGGGCCGCCUCGCUCUCCGUCGUCUUCCGCCAGCAAGUCCAGCCCUGGCACCCCUCGUCCACGCUCAUGCACGAGGCCGCCCUUGCCGUCUUGCGACUCGAGCCUUCCAAGUUUUGGGAAUUCAGCUCCCUUCUUUUCGAUGAGCAAAAGGCCUUUUUCGACGUCAACGUCGUUAAGGAGGCCAGAAACGAGACGUAUAAGCGUCUCGCCAGUAUCGCCGCCAAGGUCGGCCUGGACGAGAGCAAGGUUUGCAAGAUGCUCGAAGUUUCCGAUCAUCCCGGACCCGAUGGCUCCUUGAACGUCGGCAAUGAGGUGACGAACGAUCUGAAGCUGCUGACCAAGAUGAACCGCCUGAUUGGCGUCCACGUCACGCCGACCGUUGUGUUUGACGGCGUCGUGUGCGACAUCAGCUCGAGCUGGACUGUCGACCAGUGGAAGGAAUGGUUGACCAAGAACGUCAUCUAG